CCAUUCUGACCCUCUCAUUUUAUUUUCAGUUCACACAGUGACCAGGUGUUUGUCUUUAAGCUUAUUGAAUGAGAGCCCAGAAGUCAGAGUCUAACUUUCUCUUCCUACCUAAUAAGCUGCCUUUUGAUAAGUGGCCAGCAGAACACUCUGAUGUACAUUAUAUAUUGAACGUCUCAGAACAUUUACUCUCAGAAAGGAAGUUGCAUCGAAAAACAUCAGCUCCUAGCAGGCAAAUUGCAAAGAUGGAAAAAUUUAGGUUGCUGCAGAAUAUAGUUGUGAAACAGCAUACAACCCUAGGGUAUGGAUUUUUGGCCUUAGCAACAGCUGGGGGAGAACAAUUGUUCAACGUUAUUGUCUUCAAUUGUCCCUGUAACUCAUGGAAUUUUGCCUACAGCUUGACUUUUCUUCUUGUCCCAGCUCUUGUAUUAUUUUUACUGGGAUAUUAUUUAAGCAGCAGAACCUGGAAACUAUUUACAAGCUGCUGCUUUCACACAGCGAAACAAUGCCCUAAAAGAGUCUUCUGUCGUGGUCUAAAGGUUUUCUCGCAAAUCACAAUGGGAGCCUUAGUUGCUCCAGUGACAUGGAUCUCAGUUGCUUUGCUGAACGGGACUUUCUACGAAUGUGGUAUGAGUGGGUACAGCAGUGACUUAUUAACACAGAGGCUCUGUGGUAAAUCCACGAGCUGCCAGUUAAAUCUUGUAAAACUGCCAUGUGGUCAGACUUCUACAUCUCCAUCUAACCAGGAUGAAUUUAUUUUUGUACUUCGUGCACAGUCCCAGGUGUUAGGUUGGGGCCUCAUAGCAACCAUCAUGGUGUUUGGCCUGGCCAGUACCUGUAUUCAGCGUUGUUGCUCUCCCAUCAGCUUCCUUCAGUUACAGUUUUGGAAAACAUACAAGGAAAAAGAGAAUGAGCUGCUGGAGAGGAAAUCGGCAGAGCAUGCCACAGAACUGGCUGAGAGAAAUCUGAAGAGCUUUUUCGAGUGUGUGGAACUGAAGGAGAUUAAAACCCCAAGUAGAAAAGCAUGGGAAGAGAUUUCUCUGCUCUACUCCUUCAGCAACACUGAGGAGUAUUAUAGCACAAUACACAAGUAUGUGGAGAAGAAGACUGUGGAAGAUAUCGUGCCAUCAAGCUCCACUGUGCACCUGGUACUGGAUUUUGUGGAUUCUGGUGCUGAAAGUGGUGGUGGCUCUGCAGACACCCACGUUUGAAACCAUACAGCAAACUGAGCCUAGGCUUUGUUUGCUGCCAGAAUGAGUAGCAUUGAUGUGCUUGCAUAAGAAAACUAUUUACAGCUAUUCCUGCCUAUGAAACCAAUAACCAUGCUUGACAGUAAAUACUAGUUGAAGGGCUCUGAGAUGUUUCAGACACUUCUGCUCUCUGGAACCCUCUUCUUAAAUGUUUUUCUUUUACCUCCAUUCCCUUCCUAAGUGCUUUCAAAACCUAUUUGACUGUGCAUUCGGCCAUCACCAUCCUAUCCCCUGCCCCCUAUCUCUCACUUUCUCUUAUCUUUAUUAUAAUAA